UCUGGAGAGAGAGUGAUAGUGUGUGUUUGCGUGUGUGUGAGCGUGUGAGAUAGAGAAUGUGGAGGCGUAGAGUAAUGCAAAGACCGUGUCGUGGAGUUACAUCGCCAUUACGCACUAUUACGCACUGACGGCUACUUUCAAGAGAAGAGUCGCAAAGGAGCGGAUUGUUGGAUUCCUCAAUUGUGCAAAUAGAACACAGAGGUUUCUCAUCAACAUUCAGCCGAUCAGCAGCAGAACAGAUUGAUCUUCCGAGCAGCGCAGAGGCCAGCUGCCAUCCACCCGCACAGGAAUGGUGGAUCACUUGCCGCUUGGUGAGGAGACCUUCCUGUACUAUACCGGCUCCCCGGGGUCCGACUACAACUACCACGCCAAUGGUGGCACGUUGCCCGGGAGCAUGGUAACUGACGCUUGCAUCUACGAUCACCACCACCCCUACCAAGGGGUGGCACCUUCCUCCUCCCCUCGCCUCUCUGAGGAUGACCUCAGCGACUCCUCCAGCCCUCGGUCCUCCCUCUGCUCCAGCCCGGAGUCCUCGUCACCGACGUUGCGGCACGUCCUCGCCUCCAGCUACGAAAGCAGGAGCAGCAGGAGCAGCGGGAGCAGUGGGAGCUGUAGCUCUUCCGGAGGAGAGAGUCAAGAAAGUUUGCUGGACCUGCUCCUCUCACAUGCCUCCCUUACCACCUCAUUAAGCUCUAAUGCCAACAGCAGCUCUCACUCGUCUCUAUCCCUAUCCUCUGCACCUUCUUCAUCCUCAUCUGCCCCUCUUUUACCAAUGGGCCUGGCCUGGGAGUCCAAGAGGGAGCGGUUGACUCUCAUCCAUCAGCAGGCCAAAGAGGAUGGUUACGAGUUUCCUGUCUUCCUGGACGAACUGCAGGAUCCUACAGCGCUUCUCUUUCAGCCCACCCUGGAGGAGAUUGAGGAGUUCCUGGAGGAGAAUAUGGUGGUGGCAAUGGAGAAGGAAGAGGAGGGGAGCGAUGAGGCGAUGUCGCCAUUGUCGGAAGAUGCUGAGGCGAAAGGUACCAGGACAUUAGCAGGAGAACUUGCAUCAUUGCCACAGAACUCAGAUCAGACUGUGCCUGUGGCUCAUUCUCCACUCUCCUCCUAUGCAGAGACCAAACAUACACCAUGUGCAUCUGACAUGGACAGCUCACCAUCAACAGUGGAUGCUAGUUGUAUAGCUGGUUCUAGCUGUGUUGAUGGGAUAAAACAGGAGGAUUGUGGUUCCCCGCCUGCCUCAUCAGAAGGUACAAGUGCCUCCAGUGUGCCUGUCAUCCUACAAAUCCAGCCCAUACAGAUCAAACAAGAGCCAAACCCUAGCGCAGUAUCAGAAGAUGCCACACAGCAAACCCAGUCCCAGCCGAACCAGGCCCUGUCAGAUAUAAAAAUCGCCCAACUCCUGGUCAGCAUCCAGGGGCAGACCUUUGCCUUGGUGCCUCAGCUGCUUUCCUCGACAAACAUUGCUGGUUCGAGCAAAAACGGAGCCACCAUUUCACCCAAAUUUGUCCGGAUUGCACCGGUGCCUAUUGCCGCGAAACCCAUUGGGCUCGGGGGAGGCGGGUUAGGCGGUGGCGCGAAUGCAGGGGUCCUCGUUGGAGGUCAGAGGUAUCAGAAGAGUGCAGUAGCAGACCUCAUUAAAAUGCACAAGUGCUCUUUUCCUGGCUGCAAUAAGAUGUACACAAAGAGCAGCCACCUAAAAGCCCAUCUGAGGAGGCACACUGGGGAGAAACCAUUCGCCUGCACGUGGCCCGGCUGUGGAUGGAGGUUCUCUCGGUCCGACGAGCUGUCCCGACACCGCCGCUCCCACUCGGGAGUGAAACCAUACCAGUGCAUCGUCUGCGAAAAGAAGUUUGCCCGCAGCGAUCACCUGUCGAAACACCUCAAAGUCCACCGCUUUCCACGAAGCGGCAGGACAGGACGCUCUGCCAACUGAAUCUUCUGAGCCCACUCUGACAGACUGACGCAACAGAGAGGGGGGAAGGGGGGCUGCUGUGCUCGUGGAUGUGUGUGUAUUGGUGUGCGACGAAAGACAGGAGGGGAGGGGAGUGAAAGGCCAAACACCUUUUAAAAGAGUCCGUGCAGGACUCUCGAGCUUGUGUGUGUUUAUGUGUACGCAUGACGUACAUUCAUGGUACUGUUAUAAUUUAUUGGGUGGCGAGGAAAAGACUGUAAAAACUAACUAAAGCAGAAAACUGUUACUUGACACAACACCCUCACAGGUGGAAUAAGCUUUUUGUAUAUUAUAACUUUUGUCAAAUCUUUAAGCUGAUCUGAUUUGAGGAAAGAUUUGCUACUUUAUUUUUACACUUUGGGGUGUGUGUGUUAUUGUUAUUGCUGGAGUCAAAAGCCUUAUAUAAAUGAAAAAAUGAAAAACUAAGGGGUCUGCUACUACUUAAAACCCCAUUUUGUACCUUCCUGGAGCCAAAUGUUGUUUUAAAGAAAAAGCAAAAACUCAUCGCUUAAUGGCUUGAAUUGAUUUUUGGUUGCCCAACCAAAAGAGCUUUCUGGACAUUGGGAACAUUUGGGGCCUUGGUUUAUUUCUUUGUCAGCAGAGUAAAUGAUGCAUUAACAUUCCUGUAGCUUUGAAUAAGUGUCUCUCUGUUGCCUUUGAGUGUUUUUACAGGAAGUAACCUCAAACACAAGAACAAUGCUCAUGUUCAUGUUGAUUUACUGCUCACCAAGAAACAUCAUGCCACCAUAUAAUUUGCACUGGCACACAGAAAACUUACUGUGGGAAGACAACCAGAAAUUGUGAUCUGACUUGACUCACUGUUCCGUAAAACCUUGUUGUCUAAUCUGGUCGAGAGUGUUUUAGUUGUACCCCAAACAAGUGGGGUACAACUAAAUCCGAUGGUUAUCUGUGAAAUAUUUCAAUUGAAUGUUUUGUCUUCAACUCAUCAUGUGUGAUGCCAUAUCAUUUAUCAUUUGAUGUCACUUUAUGUACUUCAUGUACAAAAAAAUUGUCAAAUAAUACAAGACGUUAGUGACACACAGGGAAAGGCUAGUGUUAUAGUUGGUCUUUAAGGGCUUAUGACAAAUAUUUGAAAUGAUAUACAUAUUCAAUUCAAAUGGAUAUUUUUUGCACUUGUUGAGACUCAAAUGAUGCGCCACAACAUCAAAUAAUAGUUUUACACCAGAUCAACUAAAAAGUAUCAAAGCCAGAAUAUGAACGUUUUGCUCAACAGCACCCCUUGUUACCCAAAUAGCAAUUUCAGGAUAACUGCAAAUAGCAUAACCUAGCAUAGGAUAACAGUAGCACAAAAUACUUAGAGUUAGAAAAUAUUUGACACCAUAAGCUACUGGUCAUACCAGCCUAGGUAAGUUUGUUGCAACAAAACGCUUUACUAAAUUUAGAAAAGCAGUGCUACACUGCUGUAUAUUGCAUAUUGUAAUUCAACAUUUCGUUCCUUUCUUAAAGAGGCAUGAAGUAAAAAUGUUGCUUCGCCUUUAAGAAUCUUCUCUUGCCAAGUAACAUUUUAUUUUCACUUCCCCCAACAAUUUGAAAUCAUAAAUGAAAGAUGACAUUUCAAAUUUAACCAAUUUCUUUUGUUUAUAUAUUUAAACUGGAAUUUUGUGUCAUUUCAUCAUGAACAAACAUCUAAGAGGGAUUUGUUAUGGUUCAUUUAGUUUUUUUUGGGUCUUAUUACUUAAGGUAUAUUUGUAACAGACCUUGCCAUGAAAUGACAUCUUGCCAUGAAAUGAAAUGACUUUGUCUUGUACUGUAGGACAACAGUGACUGUUAAGCUUUUUUGUCAUAUUACAUUUACUUGUAUAGAUUUAUUUAGUGUGCUUCGUCCUGCAUCUCAGUUCGAUUAAAUAAAAUGUGUCGGAAAGAGGGGGGGGGGGAGGGGGGCGCAAAAUGCCUGCUGCACAGACACGGUUUCACGUGCCAUCAAGUCAAGGAUCAGUUGUCAUCAUUCGGUAUUGAACUGAUUUGAAGAAAGGAAAGCUUGAACUGGAAUGGGGUUGUUUUUGUAAAUGUUUGAUUUGCUAACUCAAACCCUGACCCACAAUGAUUGAAAGACCCUUUAAGCGCUGGGUACGCAGCAGCUGAAGAGGCGCUGUAUGGAAGAACUAUCGAUAUCAAGCAUUCCUUCCAUACAAUCAGAAGAGACACUUCUCUGAAUGGGUGUCAUAUUUGAGCCUGUGAAUGUAUGUAAAUACUGUAUAUGCAUCUAAAAGGAGAACUGAAAUAUUCUUCUGGUGAUUUCUGUGAUUGUGAUAUAUUUUUUAAAUAUAUGUAAAGAAAGAGUACAUAACGUGAUAAUUCAAAUAUAGAGUGAAAAAUGAAGCGACUUUUGUUCGUUCUUUACAAAACACAGAGAAAAAGGCUUAUCAAAUGUUUCAUAAUACAUCCCUGGAUAAAUGUUUAACAUGUAUUCUUCCCCAAGCAUUUCGCUAACAUUUUCUAAACUUGCACACCCACUUUGUCUGGUGCAAAUUGCAAUACAGCAAAAUGUAUUAUGAAACAUGUGAUGAUAUGUUGUGCUUUGUAAACCGAUAUAAAUAAAGAGUUGCUUAAAAUGUUAUAUUUUUGCUUUUAUUCAUAUGUAAAACACAUUUACAAUAAAAAUCCUCCUGA